ACAAAGUGCGAGUCACUAUUCUAGCGACUUAUAGUAGCUGCUGCCUAUUCCAUUCCCACGACGACUCACUCUCAGCCGGCCAAAGUGGCAAACCCAAAACGACGGUAAAAGAAGUUAAAGUUACGGAUCAAUUCUUUCAAAUGACUUGAACAGCUAAGAACCGAAAUUCAGAAGUCUUUGCACUUAUAGAAUUUGUGUUCUUUCUUCUCCAUAAAACUUCUUCGUGGAGUGAUUUUCACUUCACUUUUGAGAUUACAUUUCCUUUUAUCCUUUUGAUCAAUUUCUUGUAUGAGAAGUCUAACCAUGCCUGGCCGGAGAGACAAAUCCGGCCAAUCCACUCGCGGAUCUCGAAUCGGGGCGGCGAUAGCUGUCGGAGUUCUGAUGGGUUGCAUCUUUGCUUUCUUCUACCCCAAUGGAUUCUUCCCAACCAAUGUCCCCCAGACCGAAAGUCGCAAACUCUCCAAACAUGAUCUUCAGGUUGACUCUUCCACAUGCGAAUCUCCUGAGCGGGUGAAUUUGUUGAAACUAGAUAUCAUGAAGUUGUCUAACAAGAACUCAGAGUUACAGAAGCAGGUGAGGGAGCUAACCAGUAAGUUGCGUUUGGCAGAGCAGCAAAAGGGGAACGUAGAUCAACAAAUUGUUGUGUUGGAUAAACCCCAAAAACCUGGUCCAUUUGGCACUGUCAAGAGUCUGAGAACCAACCCUCAUGUCAUUCCAGACGAAUCUGUCAACCCAAGACUGGCUAAGAUUUUGGCAGAAGUUGCUAUUGGGAAAGAGAUCAUAGUUGCACUGGCAAAUUCGAAUGUGAGAUCCAUGCUUGAAGUAUGGUUUACAAGCAUUAAAAAGGUUGGCAUAUCGAAUUAUCUAGUUGUGGCUUUAGAUGACCCGAUUCUGGACUUUUGCAAUGAAAACAAAGUCCCGGUUUACAAGCGGGACCCAGAUGAGAUGGUUGAUUCUGUAGGGAAAAUUGGGGGGAACCAUGCAGUGUCUGGAUUGAAGUUCAGAAUCUUGAGAGAGUUUCUACAGCUUGGAUAUAGUGUCCUCCUCUCUGAUGUUGACAUUGUUUAUUUACAGAAUCCUUUUGACCAUUUGUAUAGGGAUUGUGAUGUGGAGUCGAUGAGUGAUGGGCAUGACAACAUGACAGCUUAUGGAUACAAUGAUGUCUUCGAUGAACCUGGAAUGGGCUGGGCACGUUAUGCUCAUACGAUGCGGAUAUGGGUGUAUAAUUCUGGGUUCUUUUACAUAAGGCCAACCAUUCCUUCAAUCGAACUACUUGACCGAGUUGCUGAUCGGCUUGCCCGGCAGGCAAAAGCAUGGGACCAAGCGGUUUUCAAUGAGGAGUUGUUCUUCCCGUCACAUCCAGGGUAUGUUGGACUUCAUGCUUCUAGGAGGACCAUGGAUAUAUACCUUUUCAUGAAUAGUAAGGUCUUGUUCAAGACUGUGAGGAAAGAUUCUAAUCUCAAAAAGGUGAAGCCGGUUAUAAUUCAUAUAAAUUACCACCCCGAUAAACUUCCCAGAAUGCAAGCUGUUGUUGAGUUCUACGUUAAUGGGAAGCAAGAUGCUUUGGAUUCAUUCCCUGAAGGUUCUGAGUGGUAAAAAGUUCUUUGUUUUCUAUGGGACAUUCACUUGGUUUUUUUCCCAGAUCUGUUUUUUCUAUCCAUACUUGUAGCCUCGGGCAAGUUUCCUUCUGGGCUUCCAUGUGUAAGAUUACGUGUCAGAUGAAACAGCAUGUCAUGCUGCUCAACGCUGGAUGUGAAAUUCACCUUUGUUAUUAACCCUUGGUUUUCUUCUGAUUUAUUGUGACUUUUCAGUGAGUGAGUAGCAUAACUUUCUAAGGGAUAAAUGAGUUAGGGUGCUGACUGCUGAAAAAGUUUGUUCUUCACAGUACACUUAUAGCACAGGAUAAAUGAUUUCUUUUUUUUGGUACAACAGAAAUGACAUGAUAAGUUUUAUAAGCCCAUUGGAUUUUGAUU